CCGCGCGGCGUUCUCCUACCGCCGUUCUUCCUUCCGCACCCGGAGGACCUCGCGACGCUGGGGGUUCCCUUGCCCUCCUCGACUACCGCCGUGGAGCGCCGCGACGUUCGUCCCCGCCCAGCUCCCUUGCCCUCCUCGACUACGACUACCGCUGCCGAGCGCCGCGCCGUUCGAAUCGUUCAUAGAAAGAAGGAGAACGGCGGCAGAGGCUCCACCCCAGAGGCGCGGGCAGACAGACCUGCUGCCCGCCGUUCUCCUACCGCCGUUCUUCCUGCCGCACCCGAAGCACCUCGCGCUCUGGGGGCUCCCUUACCCUCCUCGACUACGACUACCGCCGCCGAGCGCCGCGCCGUUCGAGUCGUUCAUAGAAAGAAGGAGAACGGCGGCAGAGGCUCCACCCCAGAGGCGCGCGCGGGCAGACAGACCUGCUGCCCGCCGUUCUCCUACCGCCGUUCUUCCUUCCGCACCCGAAGGACCUCGCGCGCUGGGGGCUCCCUUGCCCUCCUCAACUCUACCGCCGUGGAGCGCCGCGCCGUUCGUCCCCGCCCAGCUCCCGCCGCCUUCUGA